UGCUUCCUUCUCUCCGGCACCCCUUUCUGUAACCUGCCCAUUUCAGGAAACCAUGCCGUUCUGUGAUGUUAGCAAAAACCGUGAAGGAGAAGUUGGAAAUAAUGGAAUUAAGAUUUUUUAUAGAACUUAUGGUCAUGGAACAACCAAAGUUCUUCUCAUCAUUGGUUUGGCGGGUACCCAUGAUUCCUGGGGUCCUCAAAUUAAGGGUCUCACGGGUGUGGAAACGCCGAACGAUGCUGAAUCGAAGACCCCUGAAACAAAACUGAACGACUUAGAAGAAGGUUUCGAUGGUGACGACAAUGAGGGGUUAGAAGUUUGCUCUUUUGAUAAUCGUGGAAUGGGUCUUAGCUCGGUUCCAACCAAGAGAUCAGAAUAUUCAAUGACGAUCAUGGCGAAAGAUGCAAUAGCUCUAAUGGAUCAUUUGGGUUGGAAAAAAGCUCACGUAAUUGGGCAUUCAAUGGGUUCUAUGAUAGGUUGCAAGUUGGCUGCAAUGGUGUCUGAAAGGGUAUUGUCGUUGGCCUUACUUAAUGUAACCGGUGGAGGUUUUGAAUGUUUUCCUAAGCUUGACCAACAAACAAUAUCCAUUGCUAUCCGUUUCUUGAGGGCAAAGACUCCUGAGCAGAGGGCAGCUGUUGACUUGGACACCCAUUACACAAAGGAGUAUCUUGAUGAAUAUGUUGGAACUAAGACACGAAGAGAAAUUUUGUAUCAAGAAUACGUGAAAAAUAUUUCAUCAACUGGGAUGCAAUCUAACUAUGGUUUUGAGGGACAACUUAAUGCAUGCUGGACACACAAAAUGACAACAAAGGAACUGGAAGUGAUCCGGUCUGCUGGGUUUCCGAUUUCAGUCAUUCAUGGCAGGCAUGACAUUAUUGCUCAGAUAUAUUAUGCAAGGAAGCUUGCAGAGAAACUGCAGCCUGUGGCUAGAAUGAUAGAUCUUCAUGGCGGACAUCUAGUGAGUCAUGAACGAACUGAAGAGGUCAAUAAGGCUCUUUUAGAGUUGAUCAAGGUAUCAGAAUUGAAGUUGAGUCUAAGUGAUUGGUCAAAUUUGCCCAAGAAAGGCAAUGGGUCUCAAGUCAAGGAGAUACAGUUAUCACUUUUCAUGUGUGACAUUAUGGCAAACUUUUAUCUUUGCCUCCUGUACUUAUUUGGUCUCUUCAUGAUGGCAAUCGAAUGUGGGAGGAAAACUUUAAAAAGGUUAAAGUCUGUUCGAGUGGGACCUUCCAUUUCAUAAGAGGUCGGGAUUUAUUCAUCACCUGAAGAUUUUUUUUGUUUCAAAAUAAGUAACCAAGUCAAUCGUAACCAUCAAGUGUAAAGAAAGAGAUAUUAUACUGGCCAAGAUCCACUGAUUCUUUUGUGAUAAGAAAAGGGUCCUGUUCUAGCUUACUAAUCUGGUUGUACGGGAUCAACAACACAGGCAAACA